CAUUGUAGGUUAUAUCCUCUUGCCCCUGGUGGAAUUGCAACAAGCAUGUCCGAGAAAUACUACGAGAAUUUCAGUGAUGGAGGGAGAUUCUGUGACCUUUUACCCUGAUUCUAAUAAACUUCAGCCAGAUGAUGUGAUACAGUGGAGAUUUGACAAUAAACAUCUAUGCAGAGCUACAUUCAGAGAUGAGAAAACGAUUGCAUGUGAUAAUGGGAGAGUCAGAGAGAGAUUUAAGCUUGAUUGUCAGACUGGAUCGCUCAUCAUCAGGAAUAGCAGCAAAAAAGACAUUGGACAUUACGAAUUUACAAGCUACAGAAGCGGAAACUUUGAAACAAUCAAAUGUUUUCGUGCUAUUGUCUACAGUUCUUUACCUGUUCCUGUCAUCAGCAGUAAUUCUUCACAAUGCCCUUCAUCCUCAUCAUCCUCAUCCUCAGAGCAGAAUUGUUCAUUGGUGUGUUCAGUGGUGAAUGUGGGUCAUGUGACUCUCUCCUGGUACAAAGGAAACAGUUUAUUGUCCAGCAUCAGUGUGUCUGAUCUCAGCAUCAGUCUCUCUCUACCUCUGGAGGUGGAAUAUCAGGAUAAAAACAGCUACAGCUGUGUGCUCAACAAUCCCAUCAGCAACCAGACUCAACAUCUGGACAUCACUCAACUCUGUCACACAUGUGCAGAACUCUACCAGAAAUCAGAUACUGUACCGCUUCCUGUACUGCUACCACUUUUAGGUUUAGUGGUGGUCGUGAUUGCAGGUGUGAUCUAUUACAUAAUGAAACACAAACGAGGAGAAAGCAGAGGUUAG